CGCCUUUCCACUUUCCACACCUGACCAGAACCUGUAUAUAUACGCGCGCCGCGGCUCCGCCUCUCGUCGCAGCCGCCCGGACUUGUUCUUCUUCUUCUUCUUGUUGUUGUUGUUCGUUCCUUCACAAGGCGAAGAGCUCCUUCCUCUGAUCCCCCACUGUCACUGCAAUCCGAAUCCCACCGCGUCGCAUCGCAGAGCAGGAAGGUGGUUGCUUCGCGCCGUGUUCGGUUGGAGAUUUGACUGUCGCUGCUGCAAUGGCCGCCGCCGCUCCAUCUCUGGCGCCGUCCCCGUCCCCUGCCACGGCGCCGACGACGGCCGCGUCGCCCAAGGCCGGCGACAGGAGUAAGGUGGUGCCGCUGACGGCGGCCGACGAGGUGGAGCUGGAGGAGAAGCACGUGCUGGCCGUCGACGACAGCUCUGUCGACCGGGCCGUCAUCGCCAAGAUCCUCCGCAGCUCCAAGUACAGAGUGACCACUGUCGAUUCGGCGACGAGGGCGCUGGAGCUGCUCGCGCUGGGCCUGCUGCCGGACGUGAACAUGAUCAUCACGGACUACUGGAUGCCCGGCAUGACCGGGUACGAGCUCCUCAAGCACGUCAAGGAGUCGUCCAAGCUCAAGGAGAUCCCGGUGGUGAUCAUGUCGUCGGAGAACGUGCCCAACCGGAUCACCCGCUGCCUGGAGGAGGGCGCCGAUGGCUUCCUCCUCAAGCCCGUCCGCCCCUCCGACGUCUCCAGGCUCUGCAGCCGGAUCCGAUGAUCUGAUCGUCCAUUCGUGCCCCCGCCGGAGUUCGCUAGGACUGAUUAGUACUCGUAGGAAACCAUUUUUUGCUGUUUCUUUUCCCCAUUUUUUGGACAUAGAUGAUAGAUCUGCUACUGCUGCUGCCGCCUCAAAGAAGAAGCUAACAUUUGGGGCCUAGGUAGACUAGAGCUUAGGAGCUUAGGAGUGGGGGAUCGAGGGGAGCAUUUGCUUUGCUUGCUCCCUCGUGUGACCCGCUGCUGCAAAAGAGAAGAUGCCAAAAGCGAAAAGGAGCAGAGGUCCUCUGAGAUGCUCUUCUGUUCAGAGAAGCCUCCCUUCCUCUCGACGCCCUGUAACUGAUUGAAAAAAAAGAGAAAAAUUGGCAUCAGGGCAACCUGUUAACCUUUGCAAGA